UAGCCUCCAGGUGUAAAACAAAAAAUUCCCUAACCAAAACGCAAACCUAAACCCCAAACCCUCCCCUCCCCACAAAGCCUACAACAACCAGCACCACCAUACCCAGCAGAGAGCAACGAUGACCUCUUUUUCAAAUCCCUUCUCUUCUAAUUUCCUCGGAUGGUGCAUUGGGUUUUCUUGUCAAGGUCUGGGUAUUGCGUUUUGGAGGAUUUGUUGAUGAUGGUGCUUUGAAGUAAGGAUUUUGAUAUCUGGCUAUGAUUCUAUUUUGUGAAAGUUCUGUAUGAGUUGGUGUUCUUUGUACAGUUUCAUGUGUCUGGGAUUCUCUAUUUUGUUAAAUGGGUGAACAAGAUUUUUGAUACAUUGGUGUUGUAUAUCAUAUGGGCAUAGGCUUCGGUCUGAGAAGAUAACAGAACAUGUUAUCUCUGCAAGCAAUUCGCAGAUUAGAAGAUGUUAUCUCUGCAAGCAAUUCGCAGAUUUUGUCAUGCUGCUUCCAUUGCAUCAACCACUGAUACUUUUGCAGUUGUAUCGAAGCAACUUCCAAGUAAAAUACCUUUACAAGAAAGUGCCCUCUCCAAACUUAAAGCUGAGAGAGACCCUGAUAAGCUAUUCAUUUUAUUCAAGGCUAAUGCCCACAAUAAAGUUGUCAUUGAGAAUAGGUUUGCAUUUGAAGAUACAGUUUCUCGAUUAGCUGGGGCUCGCCACUUUGAUUACAUUGAGCAUUUGCUUGAGCACCAGAAAACUCUUCCACAAGGCAGGCGAGAAGGCUUCAUUAUGAGGAUUAUAAUGUUGUAUGGAAAGGCUGGGAUGAUAAAGCAUGCGCUUAAUACUUUUUAUGAUAUGCAUUUGUAUGGAUGUGAGAGAACUGUUAAGUCUUUCAAUGCUGCACUUAAGGUUUUGAUUCAAACUCAUGAUAUAAGAGCUAUUGAGGCAUUUCUUAGUGAUGUUCCACAGAAAUUCAAUGUUGAAUUGGAUACUUAUUCUGUCAAUAUAGUUGUCAAGGCAUUUUGUGAAAUGGACUUCUUAGAAAGAGCUUAUUUGGUUAUGGUAGAGAUGGAAAAACUGGGAAUUAGGCCAGAUGUCAUUACCUAUACAACACUAAUAUCAACUUUCUAUCAAAAAAAUCGAUGGGAGAUUGGCAAUGGGUUGUGGAAUCUUAUGGUGUAUAAGGGGUGCAAACCUAAUCUUACAACUUUUAAUGUCAGGAUUCAGUAUUUGGUUAAUAGGAGACGGGCAUGGCAAGCUAAUGAUUUGAUGCGUUUGAUGCGGAAAAUCGGGAUUGUCCCUGAUGAGGUUACAUACAAUUUGGUAAUUAAGGGGUUCUGCUUGGCUGGUUAUCUUGAAAUGGCUAAAAGGGUUUAUUCUUCUCUAGAAUUUUGCAGGGAGUAUAGGCCUAAUAUUAAGAUUUACCAGACAAUGAUUCAUUAUCUUUGUAAGGGAGGGGACUACAAUUUGGCCUAUACAAUGUGUAAAGACUGUAUGAGAAAGAAUUGGUUUUUGAAUGUGGAUACAAUUCGUUCACUGCUUGAAGGUCUUAUAAAAAAUGGCCAACUGGGUAAGGCUAAGAUGAUAAUGAAAUUGGUUAGGAGUCGAGUACCUCCUUUUUCUUCAACUCAAUUGGAUACUUUGCAAUCCGUAUUGUCGAGGACUAAUCAAGAUGAUGGAUUGAGAAGGGACCGGUUUGAUCAAUGUAAAAAUACUGUUUAAAAGAAGCUAGUUUUUGUUUUACUCCAUUCAGUUAUAGUUCCAAAAACUAGUUGGAUAUAGAUUUUUAUGAUUAAUAUCAAGGCAAAGGCUGAUCCCAUUUUUGUUCAAUUAAUUUGUGGAACCGUCUCAAUAAGUCCGUGAUGAAUGAAAAUCUAAUAUAUAGCAGAAAUCUUUAUUCUUGUAA